GUUAAUCCCUUUCAUUGCUUUCUCCUAGAUUUUGUUCCUGUAGUUUGUACCCUAGAAGGGGAAAGAUCUAGACAAGGUGUCAGAAAAUACAGGUCCUCGUUCAGUACCUUCCCAGCUGUGGGCCUGGAGGAAGUCAUUUAACCGUGUGGUUCCUCUGGCUUACCCUCUGCAGUGGGGGCAGGAAUCUGCGCUUGUGGUCUGAGGAGUAUUGGGGGCGGAGGGAGUAAACUUUCACAUCCAUUUAAGCUGCUUCUGUACUUUGGAAUCUUUCCUUGGCUUUUACACAUUUUCCUCGGAGCUUGUCCGUGAAGUCCUCCAGCUUCCCAUUUCAAUUUGGAGUCUUUCCCUGCUGGUGGCUCUGCCGGUCCUGUCCACCUGCUGUCUGUACUUGGGAUUCCCUUUACUCUGCAAAGUGUUGCGUGGGGCCUCGCGUUGUAGUUCAGAGCUCCGCGGGUCAAGGACUGAGCUUUUCCUACCCUUGUGCCUCGGCGUUGCACGCAGGCCCAUCUCCUCGUCCUUCCCCUGUAGCUGACCUAAAAUAAACACGGGCUGAAUGAGUAAAUAUUUUAAUUGUCAGCAGAGAAUGCUUUGGGUGACAGGAAAUGCCAAAGAUGAACAUAUUACCAGAGCUUUCAGAUGACUGGCCUUUUAAAUCACUCAGUUACUGAUUUAUGUUUAAUAAUUGAAUCAGAUGCUGGUAAGACAAAUUGGUAAAACUCAUUUCUUGGUUCUGUUUACAUUAGAUCUUGUUUGUGGGCAAGUCAGUGCGGUGACAACCCUGAAUCUGACAUUUGUUCCAGUUCUUAUCGUGUAGCGCACAGAGGCCUAUCUGCACACAGCUGCUGAGUGCGAGGGAUAGAAAGUGCCUGCACAUCUUCUGCUCCACAUUUUAGCUUGUUUGGUUUGAAGAAUUUGCAAGGUGGAGAAAGAUGCUUCGGGCUCUGAUUUCAGCCCUGCUGUGCUGUGCAAAUGCUCUCCACACGCCUGAGCGAGCUUUUGAGAAAGAGCCUUUGUGAUCUUCUGCAGCAGCCGGAGCUUGUGCUGGGAAUUGUGUGCCAGAGUCUUCCAAAAGUGGGAAAAGUGGAUCUGCUCAAAGACCACAUAGAAAGCCGGUGCUUUUCCCGGUCUCCCUGGAACCUGGGCUCCCGGAGGCGCUGUGCUGGGACAGAUGGAUAAUGGAGACUGGGGCUAUAUGAUGACUGACCCAGUCACGUUAAAUGUAGGUGGACACUUGUAUACAACGUCACUGACCACGCUGACGCGGUACCCGGAUUCCAUGCUUGGAGCCAUGUUCGGAGGGGACUUCCCCACGGCGCGAGACCCUCAGGGCAAUUACUUCAUCGAUCGAGAUGGACCACUUUUCCGCUACGUCCUCAACUUCCUAAGAACUUCGGAGUUGACCUUGCCCUUGGAUUUUAAGGAAUUUGAUCUGCUGCGCAAAGAAGCAGAUUUUUACCAAAUUGAACCCCUGAUUCAGUGUCUCAAUGACCCCAAGCCACUGUACCCCAUGGAGACCUUCGAGGAGGUGGUGGAGCUGUCCAGCACCCGGAAGCUCUCCAAGUACUCCAACCCAGUGGCCGUGAUCAUCACGCAGCUGACCAUCACCACCAAGGUCCACUCCCUGCUCGAGGGCAUCUCGAAUUACUUCACCAAGUGGAACAAGCACAUGAUGGACACCAGAGACUGUCAGGUGUCCUUCACCUUUGGACCUUGUGACUAUCACCAGGAGGUGUCCCUGCGGGUUAACCUGAUGGAGUACAUCACGAAGCAAGGCUUCACGAUCCGCAACACGCGCGUGCACCACAUGAGUGAGCGGGCCAACGAGAACACGGUGGAGCACAACUGGACUUUCUGCAGGCUGGCGCGGAAGACGGACGAGUGAGGACACCCGUGUGGCAGCCGAGGCGGGAGGUCCGGCCCUCAUUCUCCCUGCAGCGUGGGCUUUUCUUUUUAAUAUUUGUAUUUAUUUGAGAGCGUUGAGGACCAGAAAGAAGUGCUGUGCUGUCGCGGGCUCUCCCACGUUUUGUCCCUGCCCCCAGUAUGCAUGUGCCUGUUCAGAGUCUCCAGACACCUUUUUUAUAAAAAGAAGUCUGAAAAUCAUUAUGGUAUAUAACUUGCCCUUAACAGAGCUUUUUCUUAAUUACAGUGCUAAAAUGAUUUUUGAAAAAGUGGGCCCUAACUUAACUAGAAGCGAUGCAAGAGUAAGCAGAGACCUCGUGAUGCCUUUGAGAAAAAUCAGAAUAUCACGUAGGGUGACCUUGUUUCCAGACCAGUAAGCAGUAUUGUAAUAUUACAGGAAAACUGUUCCACCCAUUUAAAGGUACUUGUUAAGUACUGCUUUUUACAGUUAUGAUAACUGUUUCUUUCUAUGCAUAUAAAUCAAGCAACCAAAUAUCUGUAGCCAUGGAAAUGUCUGACUAGAAAUAUUUAUAUUGGAUUCUGAAUACAAAGUAUCUCUGUGGUAGAAACCUUCCUUCUUAUGCCUGGUGCAGUAUAAUUCCCGAGUGUACUGUCUACCAGGAAAAAAAGAAAAAACUAAUAAAAAGUGAAA